AUGACAUACCCUAAACAUGUCAGGAAAGAGGCCGCUCACCGAUGUGCCAUUUGCUUGGACAAGCCACCUAAAUCGGUUAUCAAUCUCUGCCAUAUCAUACCCCGUUCCGAACGCCUCGACAAUCUACGGAUGCUGGAGCGCGCGUGGAGAAUACCGGCGAAUACUUUCAGUCACGACACACGCUGGAACCAGAUAUAUCUCUGUUCUAACUGGCAUGCCGACUUCGAUCAUGGAGGAUGGAGCUUCCUUCCGUCUGGUACCGUCCUGAGCAAAAUCCUGGAAGGGUUCUCUCCCGGACAAACCGAAACUUCAUACGAUUACUGGCUAAAAUCAGUUGAAAAGCUUCGCAAGAAGGGGAAACCGCCUGUUUAUUUCUUCCAACCUCUCCUGUUUCUCGGAGACAACAAACCGAUUAUUCGCUAUGGUCCUCCCGAUCCGGACUCCCAGGAAUCUGCACUCAUGACCUACCAAGCCAUUCAACCACCCUACGAAGAGGUCACGUCCUCACUACCUAUUCACCCCUUCCCUGUCAUCGCGCACUUCAUGAAGAAUUGGCAGAAGCUCACCCGAGGACAGCAAACUGCCAUCUCAGCGUCUAUAUGGGAAAUCUGGGUCGACCGGUCGCCGGACAUUGCGAUUCCAGAAAUGUGGGGUGACGACGAUAACGACGACGAUUGCGGUGACGGUGGUGACGACGGCGACGAUGAUGACGAAGGUGCCAACGGUGACGGCGAUGGCGAUGGAACCGGGAGCGAAGGAGGAGACUGUGAAACAGCCGAUCGUGAAACCCGAAACGGUGCAAAAUCUCGCGAGGGUGGAGGACAUGGCGCCAGCGAAGACUUACCCCUCGCGGUGGGAACUCUACACCAAAGCACAAACCUCGUGCUGAUGCUGGCUGGCCGUACUCUCGUCGACUCGCGCACCGGCGACAAGAUUCCUCGGAAAAUGAAAGCUAUCGCUGCUUCUCCGUUGAGGAUGCGAGCAGGCAUGGAGAUGUCGAGCCCAAUGACGGAAUCAGACUGCUCCUGCUGCCCGCCGAGCGAGGACUUGGAAGAAAGCGAAGACGAAGACUAUAACCCUCUUCCUGAUUACGCACCCCAUACUCAGGCCGAUAUUCCAAGCUGGGCCGCGGGUAUCGAAGACGGAGACGACUCCCUUCGCGAGCACGAUCAACUGCCGGCCGUUCAGCGGUCUUUGCCGAAGCGGGAUAGAACUCUCGUGGCGUAUAGCCAGGAGAAAUCGCGCUCACCUCCGCAUGAUCCGGAUUGGACGAAAUGGGAAGCCGACACGAGUGGAAAGUGGGAACGCGCACUGCGUCCUCUAAAGCGCCGGAAGAUUGCAAAAUGA